CAGACACACUCAGGGUAACUGGACUUAAAACAGACAUAACAGGUACACACAGAUUAGAUUACUCAAUGGCAUCAUUUUAAAACAAAUAUAUUCAAUUCAAUAAAUCAACAUGGACUGGUUCACAAGAAUACAAAUAAUAUAUAAACAAGCAAACCCUGACAACAAGCAGAGAGAAAGAAAAAAGCCAACAUGAAAUAAUAACUAGCUAUUCACUUUCUUAAUAAACAUCCCUGAUCUAUCUACCUCAUAGAACAGGGGUUUUCAAACUAGGAUCUGGGGACCACCAGCGGGCCGCAAAGCGGUGUUAGGGGGUCCGUGGAAAAUUUCAAAGAAACAUUUUAUAAUUUUUUUUUUUAACAAUGAAAUUUGACCGAAAUCAUCAGAUUAAUCACUAUCAUUUUAUUAUAUUGACAGCAAUAGUUUUUAACCGUAAGAAAUAAAAACAAAACUGCAUAUAUUUUUGUAAUUAAAAUAUUUCCAUAACCUACAGCUUGCUCACUGGAGGUUGUGAGGCCAUAUUCUCUGUAAAGCUUCUUUGGAACAAUAUUUAUUGUAACUUAUUUAAAUGUAAUUGAGAACAUUUCUCUUCAGGUUUAUACAAGUAUUUCUGGUUUACAUUAACAUGGUCUAAUGAAGAAAAUAAGAUAAUAAAAAGAUACAUUGCAAACUUAAUAAAAAGUACAUAUUUUUUAGAGAUAAUAUUUCAGAUAUACUAUAUUAAUAAUUUCUUUUGGCUUUAGUACAAUGAUGAUAUAAAAACAAUUAUUUAAUUUUGUCUUUACAAGGUCAUGCAUACUAUUUUUCUGACAGUAAAAUUGGGUCUUUAUAAAUUACAAGAAACUAUGAAGCUGCCUUUAUAUUUUAAGAAGAGGCUCCCUCAGAAAGUUAGCGUCAUAUUUGGGGGUUCUUGGCAUCAAUAAGUUUGAAAACCCCUGACCUAGAAUAUUCUUUUUCACCUGGGGAGACAUAGUCAUUAUAUUUUAAGAGUUUUGCUUUGCUUGGCUGCAGUGCCCAUGCUUUAUGACCAUGCAGAAGCCUCUUAUUUUGAAGCUGUUAGGUUUCAUACUGACACCGUUUACACCUGGUAUUAAGAUGCGUAUUUGAUGAUCCAAUUACAUGUGAUCAGUGCUAAAUACUGGUCUAAACAGGGUCUAAAACGUUUUGUGAUCAGAUCACAAAAACCACAUCCAGAGGUAGUCAAAAACGCAUGUGACCACAUCACAUUUGAAGUGUAAAUGAUAAUCCGUCCUGUAUGCGUCCCGGCAGCAGUGAAGCUCCACCCCUCACCUGUCAAGUCAACCUGCCGGUUACAAGCAGUUUAAAAGGAAAUAACCGUGUGUAAGAACUGAAAUGGGAAGGUUUAAAUAAAGUUAGUUUGUAUGCGAGAUAUCGCGAGCAUAGGAAAAAAGAGAGAGAGAGUUGGGAAGAGAGGAGGGAACGCUCAAUGUAAUCGGGUGGAACGAAGCAGAGUUAAUGUUAAGAAAUGUCGAAAUAAACUCUCACAGCCCGUCACAGCACCUGCAGAGAGAACGACGACAACAACCUUAUGAUGACUACAGCCCCUCACGACGCUGCCAUUCUGCUCACGAUCAUACUACAUUUAUGAAGACCCCCAUCAUCGGAGCCAUUGCAGCUAUCCCCCCCCCCCCCCACCCAUCCUGUGCUCAUAGGAUGGGAUUUCAUGGUCAAACAUGCAAUUAUGGUUGACAUCCCACACGCACAACUACGACUGUAUGACACUGCAGUAUUUCUCUCUCCGCCACAGUCGUUCAUUCAAGUACAGAGCGCCGCGAUCACUAUUGCACAGGUAACGGUGCCACCUAUGUCAGAAAUGGCAAUCUCAGUUUCUAUUAGAGACAGUGCUGACUUAGCACAACACCUAAAACAAUUGCGCGAAGACUUCGGACACUGUCGUUCGGCCGGACUUAAACUCAAGCCAUCUAAAUGUCAUCUGGCACGCCCCUCGGUUACGUUCCUGGGCCAUCAUGUCUCCAGCGCCGGAGUUGAGCCUGACCCAUCAAACGUUGAGAAAGUUAAGACGUGGCCAAUUCCAACGUCCGCCACGCAGGUCAGGGCUUUCUUAGGCUUAUGUUCGUAUUACCGAAGGUUUAUCAGAAACUUCGCUCAGACGGCAGAACCCUUACGCCGGUUAACACACAAGGGUGUUACAUUCACUUGGUCAGUUGAGGCGGAUGAAUCGUUUCGUGUCCUAAAGGAAGCAUUGACGUCACGGCCUAUUAUGGCGUUUCUAAACCUUUCGAUCCCCUUUUUACUUGACACAGACGCGUCCCUGUAUUCGAUUGGCUCUAUCCUCUCGCAACAAGUGGACGGCAAGGAACAUGUUAUUGCAUACGCCAACCACGUGCUAUCAGCGUAGGAAAGGAAACGGUCCACUUUCGAUUGAGAAUUAUUUGCCAUUGUGUGGUCGGUGUGCCAUUUCCACUACUACCUUGCGUGCCAUCCAUUUACUAUCAUCACCGACCACAAGCCUUUGGUCGGACUCAAAAAGCUCCUUUUGGACCAUGAUCCAACGGGCAGACGUGCACGUUGGGCAGUCGAAUUAGAUCUUUAUGAUUGGUGUGUGCGCCACCGUGAGGGUGCCAAACACUUGAAUGCAGACGCUAUGUCUCGACGGCCACAUGUUGAGGUCGUUCAACAUGAUAAUUGUGCCGAGAGGGAGUCCGCCGUGUCUUUGGUCGCAACGCAGACCCCAUUGUUCGAGCCGCAGUUAAACCCGGCAUCGACACCUGCGCAAACAUCAAAGAAGCAUGUUAUUCUCUCGUAGUCGUGCCUGUUCCAAACUAUGUCACAGCGAACCACAUCCAAAUUCAAAGUGACUGGAAAGUUGCGGAACAACAACGUUCUGACUCUGAGUUAGCCACCGUCCUCUCAUGGGUAGAAGUGGGACAGAAGCCUCCUUUGUGGAGGCUCCGAAACACGUCACCAUACGUUAGGAAACUGUGGUCACAAUUUGGUCGUUUAAACAUACAUGAAGACGUCUUGUGUAGACUGUAGUGCAACUCUCCUGCUGAUGACGUCUUCCAAAUUAUCAUUCCGACGUCCUUGUUUCCAGACGUACUGACCCAUGUUCACGGCGAUCCUUCAGUUGGCCACUACGGCCAUGCUAAAACCCUGAAUAGGGCUAGACGAUUCUUUUAUUGGCCCUACAUGUCUGCGGACAUUUCCAAACAUUGUUCUCGAUGUGCAGCCUGUCAAUCACAACGUUCGCCUGUGCACCGACCACAGGCUCCGCUCAUUUCCAUAACUCCCGAUCGUCCAUUCUAAAUCGUCGUCGUGGACAUAACCGAGCUACCUCAUUCAACUAAAGGCAACCGUUAUGUCUUAGUGAUGAUGGACCUGUACACUAAAUUCGUGAAUCUAUAUCCUAUGAAGGAUCAGACAGCUAUCUCUGUGGCAGGUUGCAUCUUUGACCAUUAUAUAUCGCAACAUGGGGUUCCGGAUGCCGGAUGCCGGAUGCCAAGGCAGACAAUUCGAAUCUGACCUCAUUAAACAUCUUUGUAAGUUAAUGGACAUUAAAAAGCUCCGCACAUCUCCCUAUCACGCCCAAUGCAAUGGUGCUGUGGAGCGCUUUAAUCGCACCUUGAAAGAUGAGCUUGCCAAAUACCUCUUUGAGUCUGGUAGAGAAUGGGAUGAACACCUCCCAAACGGCAUAGAUGGUUUAUAAAGACCAACAGUUUCAAACAAAAAAAUAACUCCAGUUGUUACACGACAACAAAUGCCAUAUCAAACAUAUGUAACCUGAUUUGUCUUGAUUAAGGUUUGCAAACCCUUAAAUAAAUAAUAAAUGUAUUAUUCAUCUAUAUAGCAACAGAGAAAGCAUUAAAAGCAUAAGAUUACAUGUUUACUGAUAGUGGCAUCUGGUGUCCAAAGUUGGUACUGCAUGCAUUUUUUUGAAGAGAGAAAAAAAAAAGUUUGAAGAGAGAAAGUUUUUUUUUUUUUUUUUUUUUUUUGAAGAGAGAAAAAACAAAUUUUUUUUUGAAGAGAGAAGAAAAAAUUUUGGAAGAGAGAAAAAAAAUGUAAGACUUAGGCUCAGGAAGGAACUGAGACACAAUUUUUAUUUUUUAUUUUUUUACCUUGCGGUUCAGGGCUUCCAUAAUUAGCUUCUCCAGAGACAAUUUAAAGAGAAUAUGAUACAAAAUUAAUAGUUUAUGUCACAAUUUAACAUAUUAUACAAAACAAUUUAGUCAUAAAAGUUAAAUAAAAAUAUUAAAUGAACACUUAUUUUAUAAUAGACUAAGGUACUUGAUACGUUGAUUUUUCAGAAUAAUAAUGAAGGUUAUUAGUUUCAUUAUUCUGCAUCACGAAUGUGGUAUCUGAUAUAGUUUUGAUUUUACAACCAUUAUAAUCAGGGUUUAAUUGUGCUAUUUGCAGUCAGAGACCAUAUCCACAGGUAAAACCUUUGAUGGCCCCUCAUUACCACAGUUAGAUAAAAAAUAAUUAUGGUAACAACAAACUAUGGAAUUUCUUAAGAUAAACUAGCUGCUUAAGCACAUUUAGAAAUUAUAACCAGUAGUGUAGUCUAGGGCAUAUGCCCACCUAUCACCCACACCUAUUAAUUGAAAUACAUAUUUAACAUCAAGUUGCCAUACCAUGGUUCUUAGUAGUGUAGCCUACUGUACACCAUACCAGCAAGAAACUUACUCUGAUAUACAUUUUGUAAGUUUAUGUGGGACUAUAUUUACAACAGUCAUUUUUUUAAUGAGGGGGUGGGGGUUGGGUCUUUCAUAAAUUCACAGUAUGUCCACCUCUUCAGACACUACAACACCACUGAUAUAUAACUACCACUGCCAUGGGUUUAAUCAGAUUGAAUUGAUGCUGAUCCCCUCACAGAUACUGUAGAUCAACUCCCCUAACUGAUUAUUUCAUAUACAACAUAUCUACCAAAAUAACAUUGUCACUACUACCAUUAUUAUUUUUCAAAUAAACCACAGUGAAUUUUCAUAAGAGGACUGCUGUUUGUUACUGCUUUAAAUGAAUGGAUGACUAAAAUCACUGCACUUUUUAAAAGAAAAAAUAAAUAAUUCAUAUAAACAGGUUUUCAUGAAUUUUAAGACACAUGGUCUCAUCUACGCAGCAGCUGGAGAGAGGGAAUGACAAAGAUGAAAGAGGUGUCAUCCAGACACACUUGUCUUACCUGUCAAUCUGGGUGUUGGACACACCUCUUUCUCUUUCUAUUUUUCAUAAUACUCCUUCCUUCUGCAACGUUUCAGAAAUUGACAUAAGAUCAAAUAAUACUGAGAGCUUACAAGAGAGAUGGAAAUACAGGUUAAAUGACAAUUUCACGGAAAUAAGGGACAGCUGGAGUACUAUGAGGACAUGACCACAGAUUUCUGAUGGAAAUAAAUACUCGUAGUUUGGAUUGCAGCUCUUCCUGUAACUAGCAUGAGUAAAACUUGAACAUCAAGAGUGAAUGUGCUUGUAUGUGUGCAUGCAUCUCUGGUAUGUAAUUCUGUCUUUGUCAGUGUUGCAUGAUUGCCUGUGUCUAUGUGAAUGUAUAUGUUUAUGUGAGUACAGGUCAUGUAACAUAGUCUUUCUACAGUUGAGUGUCAAUGGCGGAGAACCCUGUCUCAGACCCUCAAGCCUUGCUGGAAUCUAUGCUUCAAAAAUUAUGGCUAAACACUCAAACCAACAUUAGCUCAUGCAGUUCGCCUGUUGAGUAUAAUGCUGAAACAGUGGAGGAUUCAUCCAAAGCAACAGCUUUUCAGAUUGGAUUUUCCCCCAGCAACAAAGAGCAAAACAGACACUCCUCCAUUCGGAAUAAGUUGGGGAAUCCAUGGACUCAACAAUCAGCUCAUUUUGGGGGUAUGCAGGCCCCUUUUGGUAAUCAACCUCCCAAAAGGAUCAAGGGAGUCUCUUCUAAACCUAAACGUUCACCAUUAAUUUGGGGAGAACACAACCAUUUUACAUCUGAGAGGAGUAAUGAUGCCAUUUCUGGUGUUGGAGAACAAGAGAUGCCCAGACACAAGAAAUGGAAACAAUUUUCUCUGGAAGGGGAGACCAAAGGUGUCUCAAGUGUGCCACCUUUAUACAAAACAGAGCCCUACCAAAACUCCCUUGACCUUUUAGCCCCGACAUCAGCAACAUCCACAUUAGUGUUGGAUAAACCAGAGGUCAAGGGUCAAAGGGGCAUAUGUAAAUGGGAUGUUGGGAAGGGGAAAAGUGAAGGCACCAGCAUUUAUGAGGAAUCAGGGAAAACUACAAAGACAAGUAAGAAGUGGGGGGAGGCUAAAAGAUGGGCCCAGAAGGUAAAGGAGAGAUGGAGAGAAAGACACAGAAACACAGAGACCAGACAAAGAGAUGACGAGAAAAGACAAGUACAGAAUGUAGUACAAAGUAAUCUCUCUCCAAUAUUGGUGCCUACUGAUGUGAACAACACAACUACAGCAGUCACUGAGGAUCCAAAUAUCCACGAUGAACCUAACAACACAGAAUUGGAUGAAUCUGCCCUCUGUUCACUCAGCCACAUAAGAGAAAAUCUUUUCUCCUUUGGCACUUCUAAUUUGAUAUUCAAUGGAACGGAGUGGGCUCAGUUUAACAGCAGCACACAGGAGGACCAAUCACAGGAGUCACCAAGUAGUAUUGACCAAUCAUGUAAAGAAGAAUGGAAUGGCAAAUGGAAUCAUUCAAGAGUGACUCAACCAGAAAUGUUGCUCCCUGAGAGCUUUACACAAGACGUGGCCUUCAAUAAGCAUGUUUACAACGAAAUGGAGAUGUCCAAGAUCAGUUUUCUUCCUUCAGAUGUUCAAGAUCUCACUGCAAAUCAAUCACAAAUGUAUGAUUUAUUUACAAACCAGUUACAAACCACCAAUCAGAGCUUCAACAAGUCUCAAAACAGUGAGCAAACAAGUGAACAAUCACAGUUUUCUCACCAACCCUCAUACGAAUCAAUGGCAAAUGAGCAUAGUGUUCCGCAUUUGAUAAGUAUUCAACAAAGUCGGUCCCAACCACAAGUGUACAACCCCAGCUAUAACCAGCCUCAAAGUGGGAAAGAAGAUUCCAUCCCUAUUUUGGACUUGUCACAUGUUAAGCCAAUGAACAGUUCCUCCAUAAAAUCACGCAUAUCUCUGGGUCGUAAAAGAGAGCACUGGACUAAAAGAAGAAAUCCAUUUGAAGACACAAGACAAGACAUGGAGGACGAGGACCACGGAAACUCUUUCAUGGCCGCCUACUCUUCAAACUCCACCCACAGCAACUCACCCACGACUUCUCUCCAGAACUCUGAAGAUUCUGAUUUUUCCAAAACUAUGGAGACAGUGGUUAAAAAGAGGAGAAUGGAAGAUUCUCGUUGUGUUCGAUUCGCUGAGGAGGUGGUCAUCUUCCCACCUAGCUUCAUCUCUAAGGAUGACGAUGAUUGUUUAGAAGACGAUUGUCCAGAGGAACCUUCUCCCCACUCCUCUUUCCCUAAGUGGAUUAGGUCUUUAAAACCCAAACCGACUAGAAAACACAAAUUUUAACUUCCUUCUGGGUGGGGCU